CCGGUGCCGAUACGGGCUGCUGUCAUUGCCGUCCACGUGAACUGAUCUGAACUGAGCGGGUGUAGGCGAAAUCGCGUUUUCAUGUCGGGCACCCAUGUGCGGGCUAAGUUUUAGGACCAGGAACAGCCCUUCGCAGAAAACUUCGCUUCGAUGGGGCGACAGCUGCUGGAUUGACAUUGAUCCCCAAUAGGACUUGACACUCGAGCGCUCAGGCGGCCCCCAACACUGUUAUUGUUUAUACUGUAAUUGUAACAAAUGAUUUAAUUAAAUACGUAAGUGUGUAGUGUGCGACGGGUUACAUCAGCGUCGGGUUUUUGGAUACCAGGUAAACCCCAAGAAGAGUCAAGAUGAUAAACAUAGCCGGCGUGAUCUCCAUCAUUCUGUUUUACGUGCUGAUCCUGGCAGUCGGUAUAUGGGCUGGGAGGAAGAAGCCUCCGGGAAAUGACUCCGAAGAGGAGGUAAUGCUGGCGGGACGAUCCAUUGGGCUGUUCGUCGGCAUCUUUACUAUGACUGCGACCUGGGUUGGCGGCGGUUACAUCAAUGGGACAGCAGAAGCGAUAUACACGUCGGGGCUGGUGUGGUGUCAGGCGCCUUUUGGAUAUGCCCUGUCCCUGGUCUUUGGCGGUAUAUUCUUCGCGAAUCCAAUGCGUCGUCAAGGCUACAUCACGAUGUUGGACCCUUUACAAGAUUCUUUUGGAAGUCGCAUGGGAGGUCUGCUGUUCUUACCAGCUCUCUGCGGUGAGGUCUUUUGGGCUGCUGGAAUAUUGGCUGCGCUUGGUGCAACCCUGGCCGUCAUCAUCGACAUGGAUCAACGCACUUCUGUGAUCUUCAGCGCAUGCGUGGCAGUCUUCUACACUUUGUUCGGAGGCCUAUACUCCGUGGCCUACACAGACGUCAUUCAGUUAUUCUGCAUAUUCAUCGGUCUAUGGAUGUGUAUACCGUUCGCUUGGGCGAACCCUCACGUGAAGCCUCUAAGCUCCAUGGAGGUGGACUGGAUAGGAAAGGUGGAUUCUGACUAUUAUUGGUUCUAUAUCGAUUAUGGUCUAUUGCUGAUCUUUGGAGGGAUUCCUUGGCAGGUUUAUUUCCAACGAGUGUUGAGCAGUAAGACAGCAGGCAGAGCGCAGGUGCUCUCCUAUGUGGCAGCAAUCGGCUGCAUCUUCAUGGCCAUCCCACCAGUACUCAUCGGAGCCAUAGCUAAGGGCACUGCCUGGAACGAGACGGAUUAUCACGGAGACCUCACACCGGAUGGCGAGCUCACCUCGGCGCAGACCUCAAUGAUUCUGCCACUGGUACUCCAACAUCUCACGCCGGAGUUUGUCUCGUUCUUUGGGCUUGGAGCCGUCUCAGCUGCUGUCAUGUCCUCGGCCGACUCUAGCGUGCUCAGCGCGUCUUCUAUGUUUGCCAGGAAUGUAUACAAGCUGAUCUUCAGACAGAACGCUUCGGAAAUGGAGAUCAUCUGGGUGAUGCGGGUGUCUAUACUGAUCGUCGGGUUCCUGGCUACCGUCAUGGCCCUCACUAUACCUUCAAUCUACGGAUUAUGGUCAAUGUGCUCAGAUCUGGUGUACGUGAUUCUCUUCCCGCAACUCCUGAUGGUGGUACACUUCAAGAAGUAUUGCAACACCUAUGGCUCUCUGGCUGCAUACAUCGUGGCUCUCUUAGUUAGGAUGUCUGGAGGGGAGAAGAUGUUAGGACUGCCGCCGCUGAUCCACUAUCCUAUGUGGGACCCAAAAGAAGAAGUCCAGCUGUUUCCAUUCCGAACCAUGGCGAUGGUUCUCUCACUCUUCACACUAGCCUUCAUUUCAUGGCUCUCCGUAUUUCUCUUUAACUCCGGAUACCUGAGCCCCGAGUCGGACUACUUCAACUGCGUCGUCAACAUCCCGGAGGACAUCCGUCGCGUGGACGAGCCAUCCGAAGCUGGAGAGCAGAUGUCCGUGCUGGGAGGAGUCCCGGGUCGACUCUACGGAGCUGCCUCCACUUUAGUCGGCCCCGAUGAAAAGUCCGGAAGAAUCAAUCCGGCCCUGGAACCGGAUGAUGAUGACUUGGAUGACCCCAAUGACGGGCCGACGCCGCUCUUUGGCUCCAGUAGCGCCCCGCCCCCAGUGCAACCUUACGGCAAGCAGACCGCCUUUUAAACCGAUAAGUAUGCUUUGUAUUAUAUAAAUUGGUGAUUUUUUGCGACUCUCAGGUUUGUACAUUGCUUUGAAUAAAAACGAAAGCAAGAAUAACAAAAAAAAGUAUAAUAAUUCGAAAUAGGAUCCUGUUUUUUUGACAGACACGUAGUAGCGCACAAAACAUUCUGCAAACCGCUAUUUUUUUUUAUUUUGAAUAGUACGAACGAAUGUCGAUUAGCGUCUCCAUAAAGAUUAUUUUUCGAUAAACCUUACACUGUAAUGCUCAAAAACGAACAUAUCAUUAGUAUCUUCCUAUGAUUUUUACUAAGAGAAAUAUUAAAGAUUUACUUUACUAUUUACCGUCAUUUUAUAUUAUGUAAACAAUAUGGCGUUUAUUAAUAAUUAUAUUUAAAUAUAGUUUAACUUUAAAAGCAAUAUACACGUAUAUUUCUCGGUGUAAAGUAGCGUAUUAUAAUACUUGCACUUAAUUCACUGCAUUUGUACAAAUAUUCGUGUAUUUCGAUCGAAGCAAAAUCAUUUCUCGUUUAAAAAUUAUAAUUUGCGUAAUUACUGGUGGUAGGACCUCUUGUGAUUCCGCGCGGGUGGGUACCACCACCCCGCCUAUUGCUGCCGUGAA